UAAAGCAACCUUGAGUCUUAAGAAUUUCAUUGAAUCCAUCUCUCUCUUUCUUUCUCAACCCAAAAUACUAUUUUCACCCCAAAGAUCAAAGCUCUUCAUGGCCGUUCGUCUAACUCCGACCAUCUGGCUCUUCUUAGUCUUCGCCGUCAUCGUCUCAGCCUUGCCCUCGCCGGUUUCUUCAAGAAAGCUGUUGGAGAUGAAGAAACAAGAAAUCUUGACGGUGAGAGAGGAAGAGAAGAGUCACAUGCCUCACGUGACCAAAACUAGUACCUUAAGUGCUCUACCAAAGGGUAAAAUUCCCAACUCAACGCCGAGCAAAAAGGGUCACGCCGCCGUCUUCGCCGGGAAGCUCCGAUCUCGACAUCUCUCCACCGUUGAUCGGUUUCUCCGAUCCGUUCCUAGUCCCGGUGUUGGCCAUUGAUAGUCUCUCCGCUAGAUUCAUAUUUCUUUUUUGGUUUUUUUCUUCCAUUUAGUACAUUCUUUAUUCUAACUAUAAUUAAUACGAAAUUUCCUA